AUGGUACGACAAGCAUCAUCUAUUGUUUUUAUUCUUUUAACAAUUUUAUAUACACUUUUCAAUCAAGCUAAUUGUAAAUCCGGUGGUGGCCAUUAUUCUUCACAACGUUCGCUUAGUUCUGUAUCUUCUAGCGGAUAUGGUUAUUCUCCUGGAAAUCAACAGAAUUCCAUAAGUAAUUCAUGGUUUCCUCAGGAUAUGAAUUCAUGGUAUGAUUACGUUUUUAUCUCAAUAAAUUUUUCCGAGUUGGCAUGCCAACUUGUUUUCACCAGUUUAAAAAUACCUCAUAAAGAUAAUUCAAUGCCUUCUUCUUCAAAUUCCCAACAACACUCACAAUCUAUGAUAAAUUAUUAUAAUCAUCCAUAUUAUCAUAUAGCUCUCAAUGAUUCGGAUUCAAUUCCUGAUGAACAACGUUUAAUGGCACAACUAUUAAGAAAUUACGAUCCAUCAGCAAGACCUGUAUAUAAUGCAUCAAAUACAGUCAACGUUGCUUUUGGUAUUGCUUUGGCUCAACUAAGCGAUAUGGAUGAAAAAAAUCAAGUAUUAACUACAAAUAUAUGGCUUGAACAGGAAUGGUAUGAUGAGCGGUUAAUAUGGAAUGCAUCAGAUUUUAAUGGCUUAACAACGCUUCGGUUACCAUGUUCAAAAAUUUGGUUACCCGAUAUUGUUUUAUAUAAUUCAGCUGAUGAUUAUACACAAGGUUAUUAUCAAAGUAAAGCCAUGGUUGAUAAUAAUGGACAUGUUUUUUGGCCGCCACCAGCUAAAUUUCGAUCAUCAUGCAAAAUUGAUGUAACUUUUUUUCCAUUUGAUGAUCAAUUGUGCAAAUUAAAAUUUGGUUCAUGGACAUAUGAUGCAGCUCAAGUUAAUUUAACUAAACGACGUGAUCAGGUAGAUAUGACAAAUUAUAUACGUUCAGGUGAAUGGCAUAUUGUGCGUAUUGAAAUCAAACGUAACGACGUUACUUAUCCAUGUUGUCCAGAAAUUUACUAUCCUGAUGUUACAAUUUAUGUUCACAUCCGUCGACGUGUAUUAUAUUAUUUAUUUAAUAUUAUAUUUCCUUGUAUAUGGCUUUCAAUUCUUUCAUUACUUGGCUUUUGGCUUCCACCAGAUUCUGGAGAAAAAAUUACGCUUGGUAUCACUGUACUUCUUGCUUUCUCUGUUUUCAUGUUAUUAAUUGCUGAAUCAAUGCCUGCAACAAGUGAAAUGGUUCCACUUAUAGAGAUCUAUUUAACUAUUGUUAUGGCACUUACAUCAUUAUCCAUUGUGCUUACUGUUUACGUACUUCAAUUACAUCAUUCGGGUCCUGUUGUUAUUCCUAUUCCACAUGCAUUUAAAUAUUCAUUAAUUAGAUAUAUAGCACCUGCGAUUGGAAUGCGAAGCACCAUUCAGAUUUAUGCACAAGAACAUAAUUUAGUUGAAACAGAUGAAGUUUAUCGAUGUUUCGCUAAAUCAAAAACAAGACCACCCAUAGAAAGUCCAUUAAUUAAAAACAAAAAUAAAUUUAUUUCCGCUCAAAAAAAUAAUAUCAAAUAUCGUAAAAGCAGUUCCUAUCAAAAAGAAGUUCAACUUUAUGAUAAUAAUAGUGGUGAUGAUGAAGAUGAUGAUGAUAAAAAAAUAAUGAAAGAAUUUUUAGCAAGCUCACCCACCUGUAAUGGUGAUAUUCAUACAAUACCACCAUCUAAUAAACGAUCUAAUAAUCAACAUCAUCAUCGUUCUCGUUCACGUGUUCCUCAAAUAGUUCUUAUACCUCAGCAAUCUCAUCCGUUAUCAUCAUCACCAUCUCCAAGAAACGUUCAUAAUCAUUCGCAAUAUGAAUAUUUUAAUUCUAAUAUGUCUCUACUUGAAAAACAUUUAAAACAUUUGAUUGAUAAACAGAAGCAUGAAGAAGACAGAAAUGAAAUAAUCAACGAAUGGAAAUUGAUGGCACUUAUUAUGGAUAGAUUAUUAUUUUGGCUUUUUGCAAGUUUAACUAUUUUGAGUACACUUUUAUGUUUAAUUAUAAUCCCGUUCUUAAAAAACGCUGGAUAUAUACCAGCAUUGGCAAACGAUUUAAUUAUGGAUUAUAAACCAACAUCAGAGGCAGCAAGAAAUGUGAUUGAAGAACAAAUAAAAACUAAUCUCACUGGAACAUCAACAUAA